ACACUUAAAAUUAACUGUGCUUAUUAGGUAAUUAAAAUUAAUUAGUCAUUCUUAUGCAAGUGAGUAAAAUAUGUUUUCUUGUACGACCUCGUGAGAAACUUCUAUUUGUUGUAAAUAAUUUACCUAAGCUAAGCUAUUUUAUAGUCACUAAAUAAAAAAUAAUAGAAAAGAUGGCGUAAUUAUUUCAAACGGUUUAAUAAGAUAUCUAGAUAAAAAGUGGACUAAUUGAAUAAAGGCAGAGUACACAGCUGAAAGAGUCGAGUUUGUAUCUAGCGAAAUUUUUCAGUGAACAAAACAUCUUACGGGAAAAUGUUCAGGAUGAAAAAUACUCAACAUUUUACAAUCGUAUAGAAAUCAUUUAUAUGUUGACAUAAUAAAUAAUAUAGCAGACAUUUCAUAAUGAUAUCGUUUAUGUCUCUUAUACUAUUAUUUUUAUAUUUUCAUGGACUUAUUGAUGUCAACUCACUUUUGUUUUGCGAUUUCUCGAUAUAAAAUAAAAGAACAUUUCAUAUCAUUGAUUAAAUCAUUAAAAGAAGGGUUCGCUUUGAUCAGUAUACGACUAUUUACUCAUUAAGACUCCAUUAACUAAGGUCAGUUCUUGUUUGUUUUUAAAUAAAAACUUGAUGGGCAACAAUAAAAAGCAUUAUUUCUUUUGAAUGUUUCUCUUAUUUUAGGAUGAACAAGAAAUAAAUCGACGCAAUAAUGAAUUCGUCAAAAAAAUACUUCAAUUAACAAAUCAAGGUGUCGCAGUCGAUAAGGCGAUGUGCGAAAGUUUAUGUGCUCAAAUUGGUCUUUCACCAGAUGCUGAUAUUUAA